UCCUUCCCUGAGAAUGACUGAGCGCGGGCUAUAGUGAUAACAUAUUAAAUUAUGCAUGACUUCGACUUAAUGGUGAGAGAACCAUAUCCCGCAUGAGCAUGGCGCAAGGAAGCCUCUCUUUGUGAUAGAUGUCACUUACUGUCACUCAUACAAAAAGUUACUCCCACGCUUGAAGACAUUGCCAUGAAAACUGAUAUGCCAUUUCUCGUCAGGCUACUCAACCCAGGUCAAGUGAUCAAGGUAAUUCUAUCUUGGGUCGCUUCUAAAUAAAAAAGAGGCGGGGACAAUGAGGCGGAUUUUACUUCUUGAAGAAGCUUUUUAAGACUUCAUGGCGUGCUGUUGCCAUAGUGACACACAGCGAGCACAGAGAGAAACGCGCUUGGAAACAAUGUUGAACGAAACAUUUAUUUAACAUACUGUGGAUUUCAGAAACCGAAGGAGGAUGUCACGCACCCUGGCCAAGGGAAGGCUUGAAGUUUUGCAGAUCUAUCGGCUGCUUCAGUGCGUCCAGGAUGGAGAUAAGCUGUACAUAGAGAAAUUAAUCAGCAUGGGUGUUCAUGACCUCAUAAAUCUCACCGAGCCACGCGAGGGGAACGGCGUCCUGCACCUGGCAUCGGUGGGCAACAAACCCGACAUGCUGGAGUUCCUUAUAUCUCAAGGUGCCCGUCCAGACGUGCAGGACAGGAGGGGGCGGACACCCUUGAUGAUGGCCGCAGAGCUCGGAUAUGACGGCAUCGUGUCUUUACUGGCCAAGAACAAUGCAGAUAUGAAACUUGUAGACAAAGAAGGGAAAGGCUUGCUCUUCUACUGCAUCCACCCUACCAAAAGGCACAUGCGCUGCCUCCAGGUGGCCCUGAAUGGCAAUGCAGAUGUCAACAAUGUUUCAGAAACUGGGAUGCCAGUGUUUCUGCUGGCCUGUGAACAAGCUCAGGACUGUGAAGGGAUGUGUCUCAGUAUCCUAGAGAGAGGAGCAGACCCUAAUGCUACAAAUCAGGAAACAGGUCGGACAGCUCUGAUGGAGGCCACUCGAGCUGGAGCAAUAGAUCUUGUAAGAGUCAUCCUCAAGAAAGGAGGAAACGUCAAUGCCUUGGAUAAGAAGAGAUUCCAUGCAGCUCACUUUGCGGCUGAAAAAGGCUUCUUUGAAAUCAUUAAGGUGUUGUCUGCAUAUGCAGCAGAUUUUGGAGUGGUAACAUCAGAGGGGGAUACACCACUGCACUUUGCUGCCUCUGGUGGCUACACAGAUUGCUGCAGGUUUCUAGCUCAAAGGGGAUGCAAUCCCAAACUGAAGAACCAAGAAGGUCUGCUUCCCCGUCAGAUCGCUAAGGACUGUGGUCACAAAGCCACUGUUAAAGAGCUUAAGAAGGCUGAACGACUGCAUGGAAAGUUUUCAAAAGGAGCGGGUGGCACAAAUGAACCGUGGGCUCUGACGCUUCACGACUGGUCUCAUGAAAAUGAGAAUGCACUGAGAAGUGCUUUUGAGUCAGCAUCAGACAGCUACAUGGGACUAGAGAUGGUGUCCAAGGCAACGUUUGUGUCUGUUCUUCAGGAACUUCACGCUCCUCUAGAUGAUAACCAAAUUCGUGCUCUUCUGCUUGCUUUUGAUAAGAGACGAGAGGCCUUUAUAAAUAUAAAUGACUUCCUAAAAGGUCUCAAGUAUAUUCCGAAGACAUAUGUUAUGGCUUCUUAUGGGCCUAAGAAGAAGAAGGCAACCAAGGCAGGAAAGACCAAAAAGACUAAGUUCAAUGCACCUCUGCCCAUCUGCACUGUCCCACCUGAUCUCAUUCAUCGACGUGAUGAUGGUGGGCCGCCGCAGUUUUUGAUUGAAAGUUACCAGCAUGCUACAGACACCCACAGAUACGACCGGGACCAUCGACCAGGGCAUCCUAUCGAAGAUGAUACAGCAUGGUACAUCGAUGAGCCAGAAAAGAUAUACAUAAAUAUGAACUACUGUGUUAAAACAGGAGAUAUCGAGUCUCUCAGGUUGGCACUCAGCCAAAAGAUUCCUGUAGAUGUGAAAGAUCGCUUUUACAAGACGCCACUCAUGGCUGCAUGUGCAAGUGGGAACUACGAAGUGGCAAAGUUUCUUGUUGAUAACGGGGCUGACGUGAACGCAUGCGAUCAGUUCAGCUGGACUCCUCUACACCAUGCCUGUCAUGCAGGACAGCUAGACAUCAUACAGCUGUUACUGGAGGCAGGAGCUUCUGUGGACCUGCCCACCCUCAAUGGAGCCACUCCCCUAAUGAGAGCCAUUGAGAGCUGUAGGCCAUCCUGUGUAGAGUACCUCAUCAAAGCCGGGGCCAAGGUCAAUGCAGUAAACAAGACAGAGCAAAACUGCUUGGACGUUGCCCACGCUUAUGCAGACUUCAGGGUGGUGGAUUUGAUCCAGGCUAAGAUUAAUACACUACCAAGACCAAAGGAAAAUAAGAAGCCACAGCCUGUCAGAAUCCACCGCAAACUAACGCCAGCCUCAACCCCUGGCUCUACAAAGGAAAAGCAGGGCACCGUUACCACUCCUACAGCCUCCUCGAACUCAGCAGUCAAGAAAGCAAUGAAGAAAGACAGUGUUAUCGUGCACAGCACUCAGAUCACUAGCGGCAAGCUCAACAAAUUGGACAUCAGUUUUGUGCCAAGAACGACAUGGCAAAAUCAGCUGACCACCACCGAGCUGAUGGAUAAGAAAGCAAGGAGGAGGCAGCGUUUCAGUUUUGAGGUGGACUUUGAUGACUUCAAGAUGCCAUUUAACAAAAACAUUCAGAAGAAAUCUGUGGAGUUUGAGCUGACUGACUGAAAGAAUGAAGAAACGUGCACCAGUUAUCACCAACCUCAAAGCAGAUUCUAGAUUCAUUCAGCUAUAAGGAAAUGCACCACUUGGAAAUGCAUGGUUUGGCCAACAGAUGGCGCAACAGUGUUUACAUACGAACAGUGUCUGUUUUGGAUGGCUGUUCUAAGAUCCUCAGGGACUCUUGUGUUACAGCUCAGCACACCACAGUACUGUAAAAUGGCAGCCAAAACAAUUGUGAUUGUUUAGUAUUUUGAACCCAGUUAAAAUAUCAUGUGAUUGAACGUUCAUUUAAAAUUUACAGGUAUGUAUUGUAUGUUUAAUGAAUCAUAGCUGCCAUUCCAUAAACUAUCUCUCUGAUUUAUUCCCUGUUGUAAUUUGUUUUAAGUUUAAAAAUCAAUACAAAUGUACCACUAAUGAGUACAAAGGAUUCUCACAGCGGUACAGAAAUAAAUAUUCAUAUCAAACCAACGUAACAACACGUUUACUGUAACCGCAGAGCUCUGUUUAAAAUGUCAACAGUGGCGUCUGAAAAACAGAGAUAAGGUGUUUUGUAUUUGUACGACAUGGAUCUGAUUAAAUGCGCCCAUGUCUGCUGAUACCAGUGUUUACCGCCGAAUUAGAUCAUUUGAUUGCUAUGCCUUUAAGGUCUGUUGGGCAUAGUUACAUAACAAAAUAAAUGGUCAAAACCCAACAGCUAUAAAUCAAGGCUACUGAAACUACAGGGUUUACAAAUAUCCAUUUGCUAUCCAAUCAGAUUAUGUAGAAUUUAUGUCAAUUAUCAGAGACUGUAACUUGCAACUGUGCGAUAUAUAUGGAUUUUUGCACAUGCAUGUGCAUCUAAAUCGAAAUUUUUGAUUGUUUGUUACAGAAGCUGAGAAAGAGACAACAAAAGAGCAAACAUGAGAGUGGUAGAGAGAGAGAGAGAUUGGGGGCGACGCAGAGAGUUGGUGCGUCAGAGAGAGAGAAGGACAGGGCGAAUGAAAGCGAUAGUGUGAGUGUGAACCCGUCGGUGACAUUCAUCCCUGUAGAUGUGGGUAACGACACAGAGCAGUGUGGGGUGAGUCAGGGAUGGAAAUGGAGGAGUGAAUUUUUAAUAAAAUCAAUGCUCUGGGCUUUAGAGUAAACAAGAUCUUUCAAGAGCGAUGAGCACGUACAUGCAAAUUGGGUUUUCAUGUGCUGAAGUGUCUGCAUUUAUGCAUGAAUGUCGAUUAAUCUCCAUUGAUGUUGUUUAGUAUCAUAACACUCAUGUACAUUGUUGUAUUUAAUAGGAUGUGUCAAGACCAGACGUAAUAUACAC